AUGCAAGACUACUCUAAAGAUAACAAUAGAAAUACGGCCGAUCCAGCAUCACCAACAUCAUUUACUUUUGGCCAUAAGAGGUCAUUGUCAAUUGAUUUUGAGAUGAGCAAGAAACAAAGAAAGGACUCUGACUGCUCGUCGAAUAAGUUCUCAGAAGUAUUCAGCUCACCGGAGUCUGUUGCUUCAAGUGCAUUUGAACCUAUCAUAGACUUGGACAUUAUAACAAAUGAAGAGUGUAACCUCGAAAGAAGAAACAGCAUGCUAUUGGCUCAACAGCAGCCGCUUAAGGGCUUACCGAAGUACAAUUCAGAAUAUCAGUUACACCCCAUGUUUAAACCGGAGAUGUCAACCGCUCUCUCUUUGGAUAAAACUUACCCUGCAAGAGAAGAGAGCGAGAGAAACAUGACCUUACAAGAGUUUCUCCUUAGCUGCCCAACAUCUCCUGCGCCAGAUAACCAAGCAGUACCAAGGCAGCUGCAAAAAUAG